AUGACAACAACAACAAGAAGCAAACACAAAUCGGCAGAGGAGGGCAAGUGGAAGCCCAAGCAAGUAGUCUCCAAGAAGAAGGAGGACAAGGACGAGGUAGAAGAGCCACGAACAGGAGCUGAUUCUUCUGCAUCCACUGCGAAACAAGAAAAUCUCCUCACUCCAGCACAAAAGAGUCAGAUCAUUAUUGAUAUCGAGAAGCAUCCUGGCAUUCUAUGGAAAGCUUUGUUGAAGCAAUUCCCUGUCUAUUACAAAUUGGUGAGCCCUACCAAAUAG